AUGAUGAUGGAAGUUGCAUGUUUGUGGAUUUCGAUCAUUGCUGCUUCUUUGGCAUUGGAAGCAAAUGGUGAUGCUACAAAAUAUACCGCAAUGUACGUAUUUGGAGAUUCACUAACGGAUGCAGGAAACAACAAGUAUUUCAUCGACACUUCAGCAAAAGCCGACCACUUUCCUUAUGGUAUAGAUUUUAGUGGAGGGCCUACAGGAAGAUUCUCCAAUGGAAAAAUCCUUGUAAACUUCAUUGCGGAGAUGGUGGGACUUCCUCUUCUUCCUUCAUAUGCAGAUGUUGUUGCAAAAGGAGAGAGCAUUCUAUUUGGAGUAAAUUAUGCCUCGGCUGGUGCAGGAAUUCUUCGCGACACAGGAUAUCUAUUUGGCCGCGUCAUCCCUUUCGAAGAACAAAUUAACAACUUGAGGAAAACGUUGGGUCAACUGAGAGGGCAACUGCAUGGGAAUGAAGUGAGCAGGUAUUUGGCAAAUGCAUUGGUUUUUGUGGAUAUUGGAGCGAAUGACUACCUCAACAACUACUUGCUAGCUGAUUACUACCUAAGCAGCCAUAUCUACAAUCUUGAGCAAUUUGCUGAUCUCCUUAUAACCCUCUAUAGAAAGCAUAUAUUGACACCAAUUGGAAGUUCUUUGUCGACGCAGGAAAUUCAAGGUUUAGGGCUGAGGAAGUUCUUGAUAUUAGAGGCCUCACCUAUAGGUUGCGGCCCUAUUACAAUUCACAACAUGAAGUGUAACGCCACAUUAAAUCACAUAGUGGCAAUGUUUAAUACACGGCUGAAAUCUGUUGUGCAUGACCUCAGGUCGAACUACCCUGGAUCUGCAUUCAGUUAUGCACCGUCGUUUCAAAUCUUUACAAGCUUGUUCGACAAUGCUGAGGCCUACGGUGAUUGA